AUGUCCUCUUCUGUAACAAAUAAGCCACCACAUAAGAUAAACCGAAAGUUCCUUGUUUCUGCGCCGGGUAAAGUCAUUCUAUUUGGAGAACAUGCUGUAGUUUUUGGAAAGAGUGCAGUUGCAAGUAGUGUUGGACUUCGUUCCUAUUUAUAUUUAGAAACGCGUGAGGAAGAGCUCUUAGAACUGUAUUUGCCGGAACUUGGUGCCACUGAACCUUUUAGUUGGAAAAAGUCAGAACUUACCUUUGAAUUUGCUGCUAAAAACCAACAGGAAAAAGGUUCCUUUAAUCAAAUACUUUAUGAAAAAGUAAAAUUUUUUACAAUCGAUAAGAUUAAUAAAAAUGUUGAAGGCAAUUCGUUAAUUAAAAUUCAACAGCAGCAAGCAGCUGUCUCUGCAUUUCUUUAUCUAUAUUUGACUCUGCUCCAUAUUGCGGAAACAGAGCAAAAACAAGAACAAUUUGGCCUAACAAUUCGCGUAAGAUCAACACUACCGGUUGGUGCGGGUCUCGGCUCUUCGGCUUCAUAUUCUGUGUGUCUCGCGACUGGCUUAUUAUUAUCUUUUGGAUUUAUUGAUAUCUCAAACACUAAUGAUAAUCGUAGCAUUGCCGAAUCAAUUAAUCACUGGGCAUUCCAAGCGGAAACAGUUCUCCAUGGGACUCCAUCCGGCGUCGAUAAUACUGUAGCCACCUUUGGUGGUGUCUUAAAAUUCACAAAGGGAUCCUCGGGACAUCUUAUGAUUGAAAAUCUAAAAGGAUCUAGAUUCCAGUCAACCCGUUUUCUUCUUAUAGACACUAAAAUCCCACGUGACACGCGAACUUUGGUUGCAAAUGUUAGAGUUAAACUUGAAAAGUAUCCUGAUAUCGUUAAUCCAAUCUUGGAUGCUAUUCAAAAUAUUAGUUUGUAUUUUGUAAAUCUUUUAAAAGAUCACGUUAGCGAUAAUACCUUUCUUGAAAAAUUUCAGGACCUAAUCGAUUUAAAUCAUCACCUCUUAAACUCUUUGGGUGUUGGUCAUUUGGCACUUGAUAAAAUACGAGAAAUUACCGCACGCCACGGUUUGCAUUCAAAACUUACUGGAGCUGGUGGUGGUGGAUGUGCACUUACUUUGCUACAUGAUGAUGUCCUAAAUGAAGUCAUAAAACGCGUAAAAAUCGAGGUAUCGGAAUUGGGAUUUGAUUGUUUUGAGACUUUGGUUGGUGGUCCAGGCGUCGGGGUAAUUGAUUCUUUGGGUGUUAUCGACGUUAAUGAAUUCGUCACUAUGGAAAAGUCGAUGCUUCAAAAAAUCAAUGGAUGGCAUUUCUAUGAAUGA